AUGAAGACCGCCCUCUUCCUCUCUGUCGAUGGCUCAGCUGCCGUUGGAAUCAUCGCCGAGGAUUUUAAGAUUGAGAGUACUCUUCUCGUUAUCUGCGGCGGCACAGAGAAGGGAAACGGGGAUCGGAUGUACUACCGGGAUACCCUCAAGGACUUGGGCAAGCAAUUCUCCGAAUCAGCUCAUCGAUUCGUCAAUGCGCCCUGGUAUCCUUAUUGUAAAGGACCCAGGCUACCUCCGAUAGGAUGUCACUGGAUGCAUCUAUUCGGAGCUUCUCUUAAACUACACGAGUCGGCAAUGAUGCUUUGA